UAGUCCCGCCCUCCCGCCGUCGUCUCGCACACCCGGGGAGCCAUUAGUUCCUUGAGGAGUCCACAUAAGUAGUUUAUUUAUUUAGUGUUGUGCCUUGAGGAGUCCACCUAAGUAGUUCAUUUAUGCCUCUCCCUGUCCCCGAGGAAAAGGAAGCGUCAUCUUCUUCUGCUCAGGAACAACAUUCGAGCCAUGCUGCGGUCUGCGUCACUCCUCCUGCUCCUCGGCCUGCUCAGCUGGCGUCCCAGUCCAUCAAGGGCGGCUAAAAUCCUGGUGGUGCCACCCACGCUGUUUGAAUCGCACAUGUACAUCUUCCACACGCUGGCCCUGGCUCUGCACCAGGAGGGCCACGAGGUGCACUUCCUGGUCUGCGAGGGCCGCGAGGUGCGGCCCUCCCCUCACUAUCAGCUGCAGCGCUACCCCGGCAUCUUCAACAGCAGCAUGGCCGAAACUUUUCUGCAGUCCAGAGUCAGCAACAUCUUCGCCGGGCGCCUUACCUUCCUGGAGCUUUUUGAAAUUCUUGAACACUACAGCCAAAACUGCGACGCCAUCUUGGGCAACGCGGAGGUGAUGGCCCGGCUCAAGCGGGCCAACUUCCAGCUGCUGUUGGUGGACCCCAAUGAAAUGUGCGGCUUCGUACUGGCGCACGUGCUGGGCCUGAAGUACGCCGUGGUCAGCACAGGUCUGUGGUACCCGACGGAGGUGUGCGCCCCGGCCCCGCUCUCCUACGUGCCGGCGUUCAACUCCUUGCUGACCGACCGCAUGUCGCUGCCGCAGAGGAUCUCCAACACGGCCGUCUACCUCUUGGAGAACUUUGGCGUCAAUUUCAUUUUGAUACCCAAGUACGACCACAUCAUGAAGAAGCACGGGGUGACGCCGCCAGUGGCCAUGUCGGAACUGGUGCGGGGGAGCCAGAUGUGGAUGCUGAGCACCGACUUGGCGCUGGAGUUCCCCAGGCCCACCUUGCCCCACGUGGUCUACGUCGGAGGCAUCCUGAACAGACCAGCCAACCCACUGCCACAGAGUUUUGGGGCGUGGCUUAAUGCCACAGCGGACCACGGCUUUGUUGUGGUGUCCUUCGGCGCUGGGGUCAAGUACCUCUCCCAGGACAUUGCACACAAACUGGCAGGAGCCCUCGCCAGGUUGCCCCAGCAUGUCAUCUGGAGGUUUUCAGGCGUCCCGCCCAGUAACCUUGGCAACAACACCAAGCUUGUUGACUGGAUGCCUCAGAAUGACCUAUUAGGACAUCCCAACAUAAAAGCCUUCCUGAGCCACGGAGGACUGAACAGCAUCUUCGAGGCUCUGUACCACGGGGUGCCGGUGGUGGGUGUGCCCCUGUUUGGAGACCACUAUGACACCAUGAUCCGUGUCACCGCCAAAGGGAUGGGCAUCAUGUUGCACUGGAAGAGCAUGAGCCAAGAUGACCUUUACAACGCCCUGGCCACCGUCAUCAAGGACACAAGGUACCGCCAGCGAGCCGUGGUUCUGUCCAACAUCCACAAGGACCAGCCGGAGCCGCCCGUGUCCAGAGUGGUCUACUGGAUCAACUACAUCCUGCGCCACAACGGCACCCAACACCUGCGUGCCGCCGUCUACGACAUCUCCCUCUACCAGUACUUCCUGCUGGACGUCAUCUUGGUGGUGGGGGCCGCCCUGGCCUUCGCCAACUUCACCUUGAGGCGUUUAGGAGUGUUACUGCGGGCGACGUGGGGGGGGCGGUGCCACGCCCAGCAACUCUGCAGGCCGGAGGGCAACUCUGCCAACGGGCACUGCCACUGCAUGGCCAACGGCUCCUUGGAGGACCACAAGAAGGUCAAUUGAUGUUCUCACCAGGUCUUUGCUCUACGUCACCAAGUGUGUGUGUGUGUGUGUGUGUGUGUGUGUGUGUGUGUGUGUGUGUGUGUGUGUGUGUUGGAGCAGUGAGGAUGAAGCAUGUCUUCCUGACCUCCUCGCGGGGGAAUGACGAUGAAGACACGCGAACCUUUGGCAAUAUUUUAACUUUUCAUCCUUUUUCUUGUCUUCCUAAAAUGUAACUGAAGCUAUUUAUUACUGUACACACCUUUUAAUGAUGGACAUGAUUCUAAUUUAUUGAAUGAAUUUGUGGACACACACACAGUGUUUGGUAAUGUACAUCCCUCUUAUGGCCUCUUCAUUAGGUACAUGUCUGAUCUACUUUCCAUUUCACUCAAUUCUUCUCUCUGAAGUCAGCUGACCAGCACCAACUACUUUACACACCAUCUAGAUGAUCUAUAUCUGCUCUACAUGUACUUUACACACCAUCUAGAUGAUCUAUAUCUGCUCUACAUGUACUUUACACACCAUAUAGUAGAUGUAGAUGAUCUAUAUCUGCUCUACAUGUACUUUAAAAAAGACACUUCUCUGUUUGCCUUAUUUGUAUUUGACUUUAUUAAAUGUUUGGGUAUAUCGGGUGUUUGAGCGGAACAUGAGGUGACAGAAAGAAGGAGAGUACAUUGUGGGGACAAGACGGGGAAAAGGCAAAAACAAAAUAUAUAUGAAUAUAUAUAUUUAUAAAUAUAUUUUGUCACUCGAUCACUUAUUUAAAGAAAUAUAUAUGCAUAUACUGUAUAUGUAUACAAUUUAUAUAUAUAUUUAUGUAUACAUAUGUAUAUGUAUAUUCAUCCACGUAUUUUCUACCGCUUAUAUAUGUGUAUAUAUGUAUAUGUAUAUAUAGGGAUGAUGUUCGAAAUCGGUUCUCCCGGUUGUUCAAUAAGAAAAGAACCGAUUCCAUGGACUCGUUUCCCUUUUUGAGAACCGGUUUCCGUUAUCGAGGCCACUAUAGUAAAGAAAAAGAGUUGGUUCUUGAUUCGAAUCCCUGGAAACGAAUCCCUUCCCACAUACAGGAAAUGCCCUGUGGGACGGCAAUGUUAUGCCCAUUUGAUUGUAGCCUCUUACUGACACCUUGUGGCGAUAUGAAAAUACUACGCGUCAUUAGUUUGGGCACAUCCGGGUUGAGACAAUUGAGAAGUAGACAAGUUGUGUUAGCUCCUACAAGCCUUGGAAAAGAUAAGUGUAAGUAAACUGUUUAACUUGUUUAUGUAACUCAAUAUUAAGGUGGAAAGUGGUUAAGUUUGAUACUAAGAUGUUUAUUGAAAAAUGAUUUUUGUGCACUGUUUCAAUGGAUGUUUUGAGGACUUAAAAUGGCUGCCGGUCGUGUAUUUCCACCAUCCAAAUAGUUUCAACACUCAGAAGUAUUUGUUUGAUGAUAGUACUGUAUAUUUGUGUGAAGCUAAUAUUUACAUAUUGUGUAUUACAUUUCAGUAUGUUCAUUGAAUCACAUAACUUAUACAUUUGUCAUUGUGUGUAUUUCAGUUUUAAAAAAUUAAAAAUAACAGUCCAGUGCAAGACAAAAGUAAAGAUAGGAAAAGACAAAGCAAGAUCAACAACAAUAAAGAGCCUAAAUGGAUGAAUCUGCUUUGGAUUGUUUGUUAGCUGUCUGCCAAGAUGUAUAAGCUCAACACGUAUAGUGAGGGCAGAACAGGCAAUAUGCAAUUAUUGCCAGGCUUCGCUCUCAUGUAAGGGGGGAAGAAUUGUUGAUUGAUGACUGUGGUGUUCUUAGUGUCAUAGUGUGUGUACUUAGUAUGUUCCAAUAGCAGCAGAAGUGCACUUUUUGGAGAGCUGUAUUAUUUUCAGUUUUGUGCCCAAGGCACUGAUUUUAUUUAACAUUGUAUUAUUAUUUAUACACCUAUAGUGAUCACAGAGACAGGUUGUUUUUGUGUUACUGUAUAUAUUUGUUUUUCUGAAAAAUCCCACUUAAUACUUUGGGUAACAACAGUCAAUAUUUUUUUUUUUUUUUUUAGGGAGGUAACGUCAAUAUAUAUAUAUAUUUUUCUUAUAAAAUAAAAGUAAGCUUUUGUUAAACCAAAUAUUGUGUUUUUUUCCAUAUGCAACAACCUAUCGAAAGGAGAAUCGAUAACGAAUCGGUUUGAUAUGACGAUUCGAUAAUGGGCUCGAACUCGAUAAUUUCUUAUCAAACAUCAUCCCUAUGUAUAUAUAUAUAUAUAUAUAUAUACAUACACACGUUUUUUCUUCUUUUUUCUGUCACCUCCAGUCCAGCUGCACGAAACA